GCGGAAUGAAAUGCAGGGAACGCUCAACGGAAGUUGACGGACGGUUGCAAGCGUUUAUGAGAGACAGACACAAAAUUAAACUUUUGAGAGUUUGCAGUGAUUUAAUUCCCCCUUCCCUACUUUAUGGAUUCCAGUUCCAACAUGGACAUAGAGGGCGCGACCCAGCACCUUCGGGACAUCUUAAAACUGGAUCGUCCCGGUAAUUCGGCCGAGUCAUCUUUGGUAGGAAGCCAGAGAAAACCAUCUUUCAAUGGAGAGAUGAAUGGUGUUCUUGGAGCAGAUCUUAUGGGAGUAGGAGGACUGAUGGAACCAACUACUCACAACUCAGACAAACUUAAUGGACAGGACACGCAGACUAUCUGUCUUUCAGGAGAUGAUGGGUCCACCUGUGUCCCCAUCAGAGCAAACAAUGUGGAAAUUGUGUCCAGUCGUGACUCUAGUAUUGACAGUAAGGCUCGAGGCAGCAACAAGGUUAAAAUUCAGCCAGUGGCUAAAUAUGACUGGGAACACAAAUACUACUAUGGCAAUUUAAUAGCCGUGUCCAACUCUUACUUGGCUUAUGCCAUCAGAGGUGCAAACAAUCAUUCUAUGAUCCGAGUGCUGCGGCUGGGAUCAACGGAGCGUUCGCUGCUGAAGGGCUUCACAGGUGCAGUCACAGACCUUGCUUUCGCCCACUUGGACUCCACCCUGUUGGGCUGCGUGGAUGAGGCUGGAAACUUGUUCAUUUGGCAGCUCACUAGCCACAACAGCAAAAUACAAGAUGAAGUGUUAGUUCACAUCCGAAGGCCUGAGGACACUCCACUAAAUUCCAGCCGCAGACUCAUCUGGUGUCCCUUCAUCCCGGAGGACAAUGAUGAGAGCCCAGAGGAUGCAUGUCAGACAUUGGCACUACUUCAUGAAGACAGAGCUGAGGUUUGGGACCUUGACAUCCUCCGAUCCAAUAACAGCUCAUGGCCUGUGGAUGCCACUGACCUGAAAGAGGGUUUCAUUACCAUUAGAGGACACACGGCACGCAUUAGUGAGGGAGCGCUGUCCCCUGAUGGCACUGUCUUGGCCACAGCCAGUCAUGAUGGAUAUGUAAAGUUUUGGCAAAUCUACAUUGAAGGACAGGACCAGCCCAGUAAAUGCAGCUAUGAUGAGCAUAAGAGACUGAUUUCAAAAACACAAAAUCUUACCAACGAACCAACCAAACGAUGCCUGCAUGAAUGGCAGCCACAAAACGGACGGCCUCUUUCCUGCCUGCUCUUUUGUGACAACCACAAGAAGCAAGACCCAGAAGUUCCUUUCUGGCGCUUCCUGAUCACUGGAGCUGAUCAGAACCAGGAACUGAAGAUGUGGUGCACUGUGUCAUGGACGUGCUUACAAACCAUCAGGUUCUCUCCAGAUCCAUUCAACAGCAGUGUGCUACCCAGCCUGAAGGCCAGUUUGGACCUGUCUGCAGAAUUUCUCAUUCUCAGUGAUGUUCAGAGGAAGGUGUUGUAUGUCAUGGAGCUGCUACAGGAUCAGGAACAAGGCCGUGCCAGCUUCACUGCAGUUUCAGAGUUUCUGCUUACACACCCUGUGCUCAGCUUCGGCAUACAGGAUGUGGCCCGCACCCGACUGCGCCACACUGAGGUCCUUCCACCUGAUGAGGAAAGCGAAAGCAUGACGACAGAAGGAAACCAGGGACCCUCCGAGUCCAAAUCAGGAAUCCAGAUUAAACUCUACUGUGUGCAUACAAAAUCACUACAGGAUGUGCAGAUCUGGUUCCAGCCCAAUCAGGGGGCCUCAUCCUCCCUCUUCAUGCCUCAGUCUGGGUCUCAGGAUGGCUUUGGUUUUUCUGACCCACUGGCUGAUCUGAACGUGGAGGCAAUGAGCUCUGAUAAGGAGUCUGGUGAUAGUGGAUCACACAAUGACCUGAGUAAGAUGGCUCUUCCAACUCCAGCUGACUUCAUGAGUCCUGCCCCAUCAGCCUUGCCCAAACUCAUGACCCCAGAUGCCUUCAUGACGCCCAGCACCUCCAUGCCUGCUUCUCCUGGCAGCAGUGCAAGCAGCCUGACCAUAGUCACGGCCAUGAGCAGCUCCGAUAGCGGUGCAAGAGGUGGAGAUGAUCUGGCUCAGAGCCCUAAAAUGUCUGUUGAAUGUGGCAACAGCAGCUUGACUCUAAGUGCCUGCGCAGGCAGCCCAAGAUCCAACUCUAUCCUCAUCUCAGGCCUUGGGGAAAAUCUUCAGGUUUCCCCCCCAAACCCUCCUCUCUCACUGGAUCUCCAGGCCAUAGAGCCCAUGGUUGUCCCCCAGGCCUCUCCAACCAGAGCUCGCUCUCCAGAUGUUAUCUCCUCUGCUUCUACGGCAAUGUCCCAGGACAUGCCCGAGAUCGCCUCAGAGACCCUGCAGAGGGGGCUGGCCAGUGCCGCUGCUGACUCGGUCCCUGUCCUGCAUUCUGACAGCAUGGCAUCAGCCGCAUCAGUCCUCCACCUGUUGUCUCCUAGAGCCCGGAGCAGUGCUGAGCACAGUUUGCUGCCUCUCGAAUUGGGUGCAGUAUCUGUGGAUGGAGAACAGAGACUCAAUAACACACCCUCACUGCUGGAGACGGCUCUAUCACAGGAGAACGCGGUAGCUGCUGGAGGAUCCUGUUCUGACAGCAGUGUGAACCACACCUGGCCCGCAGCACCUGAUAUCACACGAGAAACUCGCAACAGCCUCAGAGACAAUGGUUUGGGAGACUGCUCUAGGGAGGAAAUAAAGGACAGACACAUUUCUUCUCCCUACCACAGGCGCACUUAUCACCUGACUCAGAAUGACAGUCAAGAUGCAAGUGCAGAGCAAAGUGAUCAUGAUGAUGAGGUUGCCAGUCUGGCCUCUUCCUCUGGGAACUGUGGCCCUCGCUCCUCUCACAGACUUCCCGUAAAGGACUGGAAAACAUCUCCCCGCAGCUCUCCUAAGCUCAAGAGGAAGAGCAAGAAGGAUGAAGGAGAGUCCUCACAGUCUCGACAGAUUGAGAACCAGAUGAGCACAGAGGUGCAGGAUGAGCUUCUACAGAUGUUACGGAGCCAGCAAAGGGAGAUCGCUGAGCUGAGACAGAACCAGCUGGACCUUCUGCAGAGAGUCACCUGUCACAUGGACGCUGUUCAGAGCUCCAUCAUGGCUCACAUUGAGCACGCCAUGUUGGCUCAGCAGGAGCAAGAACAGAGAAAAAUGGAGCGGAUUCUGGCUGAAGGACAAAGCCGAAACCAACAGCUCCAGGACCAGCUGGUUCAGCAGCUUGUCCAGACACUGAACAACAGUCUCUGCAAUCGGCUAGACAAAGUUUUGCGUGAAGAAAUGAAGAAGACCGUCCCACAGACAAUAUCGAAGAGUCUAGAACCUGUGACCAGCCAGUUGAACAGCACCAUUGCUGCCAAGUUAACCGCAGUAGAAGGAACACUGAAGGAAAAUGUCAUCAAAGUUGUUAAAUCCAAGAACACUACGGAUGCUAUCGGCCGUGCUGCAGCUGAGGCCAUGCAGGGUCCCAUCCAGUCAGCCUACAAAGAGACCUUCCAGGGCAUUGUGCUGCCUGUGUUUGAGAGAGGCUGCCAGUCCAUGUUUCAGCAAAUCAAUGACAGUUUCAAACAGGGAACACACGAGUACAUCCAACAGCUGGAGACACACAUUAAGAACAGGAAACAGCAGGACCAGGAUGCACGGGAUCCUGUGAUUGAUCAGCUGCAACAGAUGAUUAGCACGCUCCAGAGUUCUCAAGACCAGCUGGCCACCACUGUGACGGCCAGCGUGUGCUCUGACGUCCAGCGUCAGCUCCACAUGACCGUGGGAAAUCUGCAGGACUCAAUCCUCACGCAGGUACAGCGCAUAGUGAAGGGAGAGGUGAGUCUGGCCAUGAAGGAGCAGCAGGCAGCUGUCACCUCCAGCAUCAUGCAGGCCAUGCGCUCGGCCGCAGGAACACCUGUACCCUCUGCACAUCUGGACUACCAGGCCCAGCAGGCCAGCAUACUGCAGUUACUACAGCAGGGCCAGCUCAAUGAGGCCUUCCAACAGGCUUUAUCCGCAGCAGACUUGAACCUGGUGCUGUACGUGUGCGAGACCAUUGACUCCCAGCAAGUAUUUGGCCAGCAGCCCUGUCCACUGCAUCAGGCCGUCCUUCUGUCUCUCAUCCAGCAGCUCUCCACCAACCUGAGCACACGCACAGAACUCAAGAUCAGCUAUCUUGAAGAUGCUGUAAUGAACCUGGACCAUGGAGAUCCAGUCACCAAAGACCACAUGUCUGCAGUGCUGACCCAGGUACGACAGAAGCUCUUACACUUCCUGCAGCAGGACGCCCACAGCCCUCUGAGCAAGCGCGCACGGCGCCUCAUGAUGAUGCUGCAGGGCCUGGUCAAUCACUAGAGCCCCUCCGGAUGAUGCAGCUGACACCUUCACAACCCCUCAGUCAUCGUUCUGCAGUCUCAUAGACGACCGUCACGACCUCAUACCACCCUGUUGUUCACUUGCUUUAUCUGUGCUCUGCAGCUUAUUGGCUCUCUCAGAAGCACUAUUGGGAGUUGUAGUCUAGGCUUGGACUUAGGAUAUAUUGGCAGUUUUGGACUACAUCUCUCCUCAUCAGUCCCUCCCUCGUUCCUUUCAGAUUUUUCUGCAUUUAAAAAAAUCCUUAGUUUGUAUGAAGCACCAUCAUGAAUGCAGAAUGGGACAUAUAGGCAACUUCAGUUAUUUUGAUUAUGCAUUCAAUACCAGGAGACCACAAUUUUUUUUUUUCUGCUUUCAUUCUUGACACAUCAGGAACAAGACUGGAGAGCGUGAGAGAAUGAAAACUAUAACAUGAACACUCCAGAUUUCUUCUGAAAGGCUUGUUUCCUGGCUGCGCUGCUUUUUUCUCCUUUUAUUUCAUUGAGACAUUAUCAUCACCACGUGAAUAUUAGCCCUGUUGGUUAUUGAUAAAGGUUGUAUAUAGGCCACUCAUCCUUAUCUGACUCAACUGAUCUGCUGAAAAUAAUUUGGCCAAGUUGCUGCUUUUUCAUGUUAAGUGGAGCAUCAUACAUGUUCCUGGAGUGAUUGUUGAUGCUGUCAGGAUUUGAAAAGUUCAAACAGUUAAAUUUAUGGACAGCUGCAAAAAAAUUACCCACACAGUUGAUACCAUGUUUUUUCAAUCAACAGAGACUUGUAAAAUAUGUAACAUGGCUUAUUACAUUACCAAGGAAUGCUAACAACAUAGUUAUUUAGAAUUUCUUCGAAAGGAACCUUGAGUCUGUAACUUGCAGUACAUCUGUAAGUCAUUAGAGGGCAGGCAUUUGUGUAUUCUGUCUAAUUUUAUAUGCUGCUUCUGUACUUUUUUUUUUCAGUUCUGCAGAAUUACACUACAUUAAAUGCAACAAGGCUCUUGUUAAAAACCAAUUUCACAGGGG